AUGGUAUCAAAAAUAAAUGAUUCAGAUUCUGAUAGUGGGAGUGAAGUAGAAAAUGAUUAUUCAGGUUUUAAUUUAAUACCAGAUUAUAAAGAUGAAAGUGAUACAGAUAGUGUAUAUAGUGAUGUGAACAAUGGUUAUGAAAUUAAAUAUAAUGAUAAAAAUGAAUAUUACUCAAAAAAUAAAAAUGAAAAUGAUAAUAAUACAACAGAAACAACAGUAGCAACAAAUAUUAAUAAUAAUAAUAAUAAUAAUAAUAAUAAUACAGAAGAUAGUAGUGAAGAUGAAGGUGAUUUAAAGUAUAUAGAAGAUAAUAAUAAAAAUGAUAAUGAUUAUUUUGGAGAUUUCACUAGUCAUUCUGAACAAUUUCAUACAAUAGAUAAUGAAAAUGAAAAUGAUAUAGAAUCAAAGUUAAAAUCAAAUCCAAUGUUUAAAAAUAUGGACUUUUCUGAAUAUUUCCCAAAAGUUUCAAAUGAUCCAUUUUCUGACGAUUCAAAUAAUAAUGAAAACAAUAAUAAUAAUAAUAAUAAUAAUAAUAAUAAUAAUAAUAAUAAUAAUAAUAAUAGUAUUUAUUCAAAAUCAAAUGAAAAAGGACAUAUGGUCCUUGAAAAAGAUAAAUUAUUCCCACCUGAACAUGUACAAUUAAUUACAGACUGUAUGAAAAAUAUUAAACUCGAUUAUAAACCACACUGGGCAAAUAAAGUUUCUGAAGAUAAAUGGAUGGGUGUUUUAAAAGAUAAAAUUAGUAAAUAA